GGUUCCUGUCCUGAGGCUUUGAUACUCGUGUAAUACAAGGGGACUUCAGGUUUGGGACAAUAUGAUCUUUGUGUUUUAAGACUUGGAAGCAGGUGAGAUAGGCUAAGAAAAGAGUUUAGGAGUCUGAAGACAGGAAGGCCACUGAGCUAGGCUUCCAAACCCUCUCACUCACUGAGGGUGGGGGGAGGGGCCAGGGUCUUUUGGCAGAGUCACUUUCUGGACACCUGCAGGACCAGAGCAGUGGUUCUCAGCCUUCCUAAUGCUGCAGCCCUUAAAUACAGUUCCUCAGGUUACAGUGACCCCCAACCACAAAAUUAUCAUCAUCAUUAUUGCAUCAUUAUUGUUUGUUUGUUUGUUUUUCUUUUUCGAAACAGGCUUUCUCUAGGUAACAAUGCUAGCUGUCCUAAAACUCGCUCUUGUAGACCAGGGUGGAACUCACAGAGAUGCUCCUGCCUCCACCUCCUGAGUGCUGGGAUUAAAGGAGCGUGCCACCAACACCCGGCCACAAAAUUAUUUUCGUUGCUACUUCUUCACUAUAAUUUUGCUCCUGCUGUGAAUCCUAGUGUAAACAUCUGGUGUGGAGAAUCUGCUAUUGGAUCCCCUGAAAGGCUGGUUCGACCCCAAGGAGUCUUGACAGGCAGAUUGAGAACCACUUUGCUAGAGGCCCUUGUUCAGCUGGGCUUUGCUGAUUUGCAAAUUAACAAAAGAUUAGCAGGCUUUUUCUAAAGAAUGCCAAAGUGCUACUUAAUCCCCUUUAUAACAUUUGAAUCUGUGAUCCUUUUUGACUAGUUAUGUACUGGGAAGCAGCAGUUAUUGCUAGUUCGCUGACUCUCCGCUUGGAUCUUUCCUCAGACUGAAAAACAAGUGAAGAGACUCAAAUCCGACCUUGCUUUAUUUCCACACACCCCCUGCCGUGGGGGUGUCUCUCUCUGUAGUUCAGGAUGGCCUGGAAUUCACCUGUGCACACCAGGAUGGCCUCAAAGCUGAGACAAUUCUCCUGCCUCAGCCUCCAGAAUAUUAGGGUUAAAAGAGCGAGUGAGCCCCCUACUCCAGGUCAACAAGCAUUUGUGAAGCGCUGACCCCAUGCCGGGUGCCAUUCUAAGUACUAAGGUUCAACCUUGCUCAAGGCUGCUCUGGAACUGAGAGAAACUGGGGAAAGCCCCACGGGGAGAGCUCUGGAACUGAGAGAAACUGGGGAAAGCCCCACCGGGAGAGUUGCCGUCAGCUCCUUUUCCUGGAACUCCUUCUGUUUGCUGUCCUGAGUUCUGUGUCAACACAGUCGCCAGCGUUUCUCGGCCAACAUCUACACGUGGAAAUGCUCAGACAUGGAAGUAGAGAAAACUCACUACCUCCCGCUCGUUAGGGCUUUCAUCUUUACAAAUCGAGCAGCAACUCCUGAGCUUGGCCCCCCACAGUUGGAGAAACCCAAGGUCUUUCCAGAAUCUGGGUUUCCAGGGUCCCAUUCUCUGUACUACUUCUUCAUGGGUGCCUCCGAGCCAGACCUUGGGCUGCCCUUAUUUGAGGCUCUGGGCUACGUGGACAACCAACUCUUCGUGUCCUACAAUCAUGAGAGUCGCCGUGCGGAGCCCCGGGCCCCGUGGGUCUUGGAUCAAACCUCAAGCCAGCUGUGGCUGCAGCUGAGUCAGAGCCUGAAAGGCUGGGAUUACAUGUUCUUUGUGGACUUCUGGACUAUCAUAGACAACUAUAACCACAGUAAGGUCACGAAGGUGGGAGUGGUGUCCGAGUCCCACAUCCUGCAGGUGGUCCUGGGCUGUGAGGUGCACGAAGACAACACCACCAGCAGCUUCUGGAAGUAUGGGUUCGAUGGGCAGGACCACCUUGAAUUCUGCCCCAAGACGCUGGAGUGGAGAGCAGCAGAACCAGGGGCCUGGGCCACCAAGGCGGAGUGGGAAGAGCACAAUCUCGGGGCCAGGAAGAACAAGGACUACCUGGAGAAGGACUGUCCUGAGCAACUGAAGCAGUUCCUGGAGUUGGGGAGAGGGCUUCUGGGGCAGCAAGUGCCUCCUUUGGUGAAGGUGACUCAUCACUGGACCUCUGCCGGGGCCUUUCUAAGGUGCCGGGCUCUGAACUUCUCCCCCCAGAAUAUCACGAUGAGGUGGCUGAAGGAUGACCAGCCACUGGAUGCCAAGACCCUCACCCCUGAGGAUGUGCUUCCUAAUGGGGACGGCACCUAUCAAAGCCAGGUGACCUUGGCUGUGGCCCCUGGUGAUGAGACAAGGUUCACCUGUCAAGUGGACCAUCCAGGCUUCGACCAGCCCCUCACUGUCGCCUGGGAGCCCUUGCCGUCUCGGGCCCUGAUUAUUGGAGUCAUCAGUGGGACCGCCAUUGGUGUCCUCUUCCUUGUUGGGGCUUUGUUCCUGUUCUUAAGGAAAAGGAAGGCUUCGGAAACCAUGGGCGACUAUGUUUUAGCAGAGUGUGAAUGACCUUCAGCCUGCAGUCCCAUGAAGGGAGGAAACUCAGCCGAAGACGUAGAGGAAGCACACUUGCUCCUUUCUAGAACACAGUUGGACCUAAUACACAGAAACUGCCUGAGGAGCUCUGCUCUUAGCUUUCCCUGUUCACUUUCUGAAGAUGAUUCCCCCAGUCAAGUCUUUGAGUUCCCGAACAACGCUCCAGAUGCAACCUCUCUCUCCAGAAGGGUCUCGUGAAUCUCCAGCAUCCUUCGUUUUCUCCAUCCAUCUGGAUUCCAUAUGUGUACUUCUUAAAAGGGCUCUCUAAAUCUGAGGAUACACGGUUCAUUUUCACAUCUGAAGAAGCUAUGACUCUUCAUCCUGGGAUGCACCCUCAUACUUGUGCCAGAAUUUUGCACAUGUAUCCUAGAAUCCAGAUCGACUGUCCUUUGAGCCUCUCCACCUGUUACCUAGUGAUUCCUCUGUCACCAAGCUCUGACUUCUCUGACACUGGAGUCUUCUAUGGGUCAUCAAUACAGCUGUGAAGGCUACACACUGUACAACCCAAGGAGGCACCCUCUGAGAAAAUAUAGAUGUCUGUGUGCACAAUGA